AUGAGGCAACGCUCCGACAAUGCCCCUUGGGCAGCGUGCACACAGGCUGUCUUCUCACUCUCUCGAGCUCAGUACCUCACACCUCCGCGACCAGCUCAGGACAUCCAGAGAGUGACUGCUGGACCUGUCCGCAGCAGACCAGCUACCACUGUGCCACCCAACCACCGGCCAUCCUACGAUGAGCUGGAGCACGUGCAGGGGCAGGAGUGGAAGGAGCAACUACCAGCCAAACAGACUGAACGACCGCUGAUAUUCAACUUUUUUGACGACGAAGACUUUAUUGGAUCUACGAGACCACCCCCUGAACCAACCACUGAACGUCAGACAUCGAUCACGAGCAACAUCCAGCUAGACCAACGGACGACGCAAUAUCCAGAGGCAACUGAAGAUACUGCAACCCAGAAUCAUGGUGCAGAAUACACGACAGAGGACAUCCAACGGCCUAUGACCAAUAAACCACCUAGCAAGCCGAAUAGAUUGAGUGGAUAUAAGAAUCAACAAAGACACUCGCCCCUGAGAGGUUCAAUGAGAAGAAAGAAACCAGUUCAGUCAAGCAGCAACCAAUACAGUUUUGGCGUUACGACAGAUCAGACCAGUAUUGACCAAACAACUUCAGAAAAUCAUUUUAGCUACAGGGAAACUUCAACAACGACUCCAACAACGACAGAUACAUGGAAUGAAGAUGCAAAGCGACAAAUUAACAUCACAGAAGAUGUAACAGCACAAACUGUGAGACCAGCUGUACCAGAGAACUUUGAAAUAACUGUUGGAAGUUAUAACACGAAACCAAAGAUUACAUUUCAGAAGGGGAAUCUCGAUGCAGAAUCGCCUACAGCAGAUAUUAUUUACAGUGAAGACUGGAGACCACCCCUUGCUAUCAAGCCACACAGUGAAGAGCCCAUUACCGAGGAGCUCUCUGGACACAUUAGACAGUCCCAGACUACCACUUCCAGGGCUAGCAGCAAUACCCAAAGACCUUUCCAGGCUGUUGAAGCACAGCCAUUUUACAUCAGGAAAAAGCCAUCAUAUAUCACUUCAGAAAGCAUCCUCACUGCAGGAGAUCACCUUGAAGGAAAUUCAGCUUUCGUCACAAAUAAUGGGCCUGUUUCUCAUCAUAGUGCAGGCAAUGCCAGACCUCCAGGAAGACACCCUUAUACACCACAGGAAAGUGGACCAUCAUCGGCCGGAGCAUUGGUGGACAGUGGGAGCCGACCACUUUUGCUCGAGGUCAGUACCCAAUCUACCCAAAAUGGACACGGCCAGACAGGUGGUCCAGUGGACAGUGGGGUAGCCUCGACGCCGUCUUCAGGCCUCGCCCAGAGGCGACCUGGAGCCUCCAGCGGCAAGCGGCGGCGGCCCAUCCACAGGAAGAGACCAGUGCCUCACGACUCGGCCAAUGUGGUGGCCACGGUCGAGGCGUCGUACGUGCGGGACAGUGCAGCUCAAGGAGACAGUGUCAAGCCGUUCCGGCCGCUGGACCCCGGCGUGCUCGACAGCCUCGUUCCGCGGGCGCCCGUGACCGCCGCCGCCCACCCACAGCCCACCACUACCACCGCCGCCCCGACCACCGCCUCCACGGUGACGCCCGACCUGUCCGCGGCGGCGGACGCGCUUUCGCCGGCGGUGCGAGAGCUACUGCAAUCGCUGGGGCUGCUGGACCCGCCGCCCCCGCCGCCGCCCACCGCCGCCCACCCGCCAAUGGGCCCGCCGCCCCCGGACCCGGCGCCUUACCGCGCCUUCAAGCCGCUGCCGCAGUCGCGCGCCGAGCCCGAAGAGCAGGACAUGCGCCACCUGCUGCACCGCUUCGGACUGCUCGACCCGGCGCCGCCCACCCGCGGCCGGCGUCGCCAGAAGACGCUCGCCGAGCCCUCUCCUUCUGCGAGCAACGGUGAGUCACUCCCAGAGCUCCUUCUUCCACUCGAUAGAGUUACUCGUUCUCGAAGGCCCACAGAGACGACUGGUGCCGGCAGCGCCUCUGGCGGCAGCACGACUACCUCGACGACCCCGCUGACGCUGGACGCCAUAGACACGAGCAUGCUGACGGACGAGAUGCGCGCCGUGCUGCACAACCUGGGCAUCGUGCCCGGCGCUGGCCGCGUCGACGAGGGGCCGACGACACAGCCGCCAGUGGCGUCCCACACCACUGUCCGGGAGUCGACGACAGACGGCGGGAAUGGCACCGACGACUCCACCGUCCGACAAGCUAUAGAGAAGGAGUAG